AUGGAGUUCGCCUUCCGCGGCCGACCCACCGCAGCAGCAGCCGACGACGAAGAAAACGGCCGUCUCCGCCGCUUCCCCGACCCUCCGCCGUCGCAGCCGCACGGUCACGGUGAUGCCAAUACAUCAGGGGUAGACGCCGCGCUGCUGACAAGGAGGCAGGAGCUGCUGUUGGAGCUGCACAAGGGAUUCAUGCACCAGGACAUGAUCUUGCGCGAGCUCAUGGAGACUGAGCGCGCCAUGGGCCUUACCACCGGCGGCUACAACUACAAUCCUGUGUCAGCACUCCCAUGGUCACAGGAUUACGGGCGUCGCUGGACGCUGUCGGCGCCUUCUUUGGAAGCACCUCUCCGCCAGCCAUGCCCUUGUGGCUGUGGAAGCUCCACGACGGUCAUGGCGCCUCCAGUGUACCCACAUGUGGAGCGGUCACCGCAUGCACCUGAGCAGACAAGGCCAGGCAAUGAUGCCGAGCAGCAUCAAGCGUGCAGGUCAUCUGGGGUGAGGACACAUCCGUUUAACGGCUAUUUCGAACUGUGUCAUUCACCGAGCAAGCAGACUCCAGUGGCAGCCAAAGCCGGUAUUAAUCAGAUACGGCCAUCAUCAGGACACCAACAGGCCGUUGUUUGGGAAAAGAUUGGUGUGGAGGAUGUUCAUAACAUGCAGGCAUUGCAUGAGAUGAAGAACCAGAGCAGUGAGGGUCAGAAGGCCAUAGACUCUGCCAUUGAGGAUUGCAUAAAGAAACCCAUGCAUCAGCGUCUUCAGUACAAGCCGGCAGAUCAGGAGAAUGCAGCAAACAAUGAGCAGAAGAGUACAGAGUUCAACGAGCCAAUACCUGAAGGAACUUCUGCUGGGGUGAAGAGGAAGUUGACCGCCCCAAGUUCACCUGUCAAGAAACAGAAGCCACUUGGGCAAUGGAGCUGCACUGUCUGCCACAUUAACGCAGUUAGCCAGCACCAACUUGAGGAACAUCUGGCUGGCAAGUGGCACCGGUCAAAUGUCGCCGCACUGCAAACAUCGAGGAGCAGCAACCCUGAGCCUAGCAUGCAAGCAACGCCUGCUGGGAGCAGGAACAUCACGACGAACGCUCGCCUGGACGGCAAGGAGGAGGUGCCGGAGAACAGAUGGACGUGCACACUCUGCCAGGCCAAGUGCACCAGUGAAUCGGACUACCACAGCCAUCUCGGGGGCAGGCGGCACCGGGAGAACGAAGAGGCCAGGCGCGCGAGGCUCUACUGCUCGGCGUGCGACGUGCAAUGCAACAGUGAGAAGAUGCUGGCGUCACACCUCGGCGGGAGGAGGCACCGGGAGACGCUGGAAGGGAGCGAGAGCGAUUGA